UCCGCUGUCUGAGCUGGACCCUGGCCGGCGUUUCUUUGCAUCUCAUCAAGAAGAGAGCCAAGUUAGAAAGUCAUGUUUUCUAGGCAUCCGGGUAGCGCAGUGGUCUAUUCCGUUGCCUACCAACACAGGGAUCGGCGGUUCAAAUCCCCGUGUUACCUCCGGCUUGGUUGGGCGUCCCUACAAUCACAAUUGGCUGUGUCUGAUGGUGGGAACCUGGAUGAGGGUUGGUGUAGAGGCCGAUCCUGGAGCCACAUAAUGGGGGGAGGCCUGUGUGUGACAGCUUUUUACGAGGCAUGGCUGAUGCACCUGCAGCCACCACAGGGAGUGGCCAGAGUCCAAUGGCAUGGAGAACCAAGACGAUUGGGGACCGCCCUCUGUUGCAGCCUUCAUCCACCUUCACUGCCGUUGUGACCUGGAGACCUCUUCCACCAGUUCCACCACUGAGGUCUUUGUUGGAUCGCGCUUCACCUGGAACCUCACCCUUGACCUGUCCGCCUUGGGUGACCCUACCAGGAGCCAAGCUCCAGACGGCAUAGCUCUUGGCAUCAUUGGUACACGCAAGCUUCUCCACCACGGCAAGCAUGCAGCUGCAGCUUCCGAGAUGCCCUACUCGGAUGCAUGACCUAGUGUGGUGAGGCUGGGAACUUCAAACCUAAGACGGGGAAGAGGGGGGAUUCUGUGUCACGGCAAAUUCGUCUGACUCACCUCCGGAGUGCCAUUUUAAUCAGCCUUAAGGUAUUUCCUCGCUCUUUCCUGUUGGUUUUUAUUCUCCAAAGGGUUCAGUUCGACAAAAGUGUGGAGUCUGGUCCGGAGCGGUUGUCUCUGCCUGUGUUCUCCCCCCCUCACCAGAUGGACUCUUCCAUUUCGCAUCUGAAAAUUCAGAUAGUUGGAGAGGAGUUCUUCAUGUCAGGGACUGCUGUAGCUCAAGCACAUAUAAUAGCCCUCGCAGCAACUAAGCACAGCAAAUGGACGGGAAGGAGUUGAACGACCCCCUGAACAGCGUCUCCCUCAUUAAAGAUGAGCUAAACCAGUCAAACAUGGGGUCAUCUGGUGACUCGGAGAAGAUCAUCCAGCAGUUGAUUGAUGAGCUCCAUGAAGCCCAGGAGCUCGCCAGCACUGAGAAACUCAAAUGCAUGGAGCUACAAGGUCUUCUGGAAGAUGAAAAACAUGAAAAUAAACUUCAUGCUGAGGAAUCUGCAAAACAGAUAAAACUCCUCCAAGGCCAACUGCAGCAGCUUCGGGAUGAAAUUGGGCUUCUCAGGGAGCAAAGAGAUGACGCCUCCUCCACGUCACACCAUGAACUCAAGAGUGCACGUGACGAGGUGAAGUCACUGCAACGUGCGCUGGAGGCAGCCGCCGCUGAACGCGAGCAUGAGGUCACCGCUAUCCAGAGUAACCUAGCAACUGUCACUAAGGACCUGGACAAAUGGCGUCAGACUGCCAGCAAAUAUGAGCACGAGAUCGGGGGCCUACAGGGUGACCUUCAACAACAGAGCAAGCAGUGGCAGAAAACUGCAGAAAUACAAGCGAGUGAGCUGCAAUCUAUGCAGAAGGAGUGUAAUGGCCUCCAGAAGGAGUGCUCCCUCCUGCGCUCUGAAAAACAGGACAUUCUCAACAAGCAUCAGCAGGAACAAAAUGGUCUCCAGAGCGAAUGUGCUGCCCUCAGGGCUGAGAGGGAGGAACUCCUCAAGGCUCACCAGAAGGAGAAGGGCAGCCUGCAGAAUGACUGUGCAGCUCUGCACUCUGAGAAGGAGGCCUUGCUGAAAAAACAGCAGCAGCUAGAGAAGGACCUUGCCAGUUUGCGUGCCCAGAAUGCAGAGCUGAACAACAGCCUGAAGGCCCUAGAGAGAUCCCAGGAGGAGCUGGAAAAGAGGCUGGGGGCCUUGCAGCUGCAGCACCAGGAGGAGAGCACCAAGCUUCAGACCCAACUGGAUGAGGCUCAGAGCCACACCAAGGACCUGCAGAGAGAGUACGAGGAAGCUAAAACUGAGCUGUCAGACCUCAAGGAGAAAUAUGAGAAGACAGAGCAGGAAAAGCAGGCAAUCACAGAUGAACUUCAGGGGUGCAAAGCUGACAUGAAGGACCUACAGGAAAAAGGGACCAAGACUUCCCUUUUGCUGCCUGUUCAAGCCAUAGUCACCGGCCUUAUCCUGGCUUUGCUGUAUUGGUGCUUCGGCGCAUUGUGGUAGAAAGAAACCAUGGAUGGUGUGGGGGUCUGCGGUUGCUGUGGCUCUGACAGCUGUGACUGUUGCCGUGCUCUUCAGGACCUGAGGGCGUGUAUAUACACACAUAUACACACGCACACUGACGCAAGUGAAUUUGUUUUCCGUCAUCGGGUUUCUCCGCACCGAAACUGAAAAAUCAUUACCUCCUUAUCGAUUCUCCACUAUUAAUUGAGGGAUGGCUCAUAAUUACACUCGUUAAUUUUUAAAAUGCUAUAUCAUGGACAGAAGAGAAGCCAGUAAAAGUAUGUCAGGUAUGUGUGCAGAUGACUGAUCUUUGCGUGCAGUUUGGUCUAAGUAGAUUUUUUUUUUAUCAUAGGGAAUCUAGCAGGCCCAUUUCUCCCCUUUACCAUUUUGCAGUAGGACCUACAAGACAUCCAGUAAUGAAUGUAAAAAAUAACGCACACGCUUCACUAAUUCUAUGUAAACGAUGAUACUGCAGACGGAUUCCCUCGAGGACCAGCUGCCCUAAACACAACUCACCUGUCUAAUUCAAAUGAACUGAAACUGCCACAGUUGUAUAGGCCGCAGUUCAAUGCAUGAUGAGACCCCGUAGGUAGUUAAAGCAUUGGUACAUGGUUGUGGUGAGCGCCGCUAUGAUAUAGUGAGGCUAUCUGUUAGCUUAACCAAUAUCAGUAUAAAUAAAAUAGAUGAAGAAGAUAUACCAAUCAAUCCUCUGUAGCAUUUGCGAACCCAUGAAAUCGCCGGGAACAUCAAGAACCGGCUCUUUUUCUCAUCUCAUUCAUUUUUCUACCAUCCAACAAGGUUUCUUUCACACAUAGCUUGUGGAAAGUAAUGAAAACAGAGAGUCCAGAACUGAUUUAAUGGAUCUAUUUUGUAGCACUUUACCUCGAACGAUUGCCGAAACGUUCAAAAUGUAGCUCAAAGGAAAGCCUUUAUUUUUCACGCGUAAUGAAAUGAGCACGACAACAGCAUCAGUUCUCAUUAAACCGUGGGACGAGCGUUUCCCCCCCAUCGGCUCACGCAAUGUUGUAUUCCAUGGAAAUAUCCACUUUCCUUGUGUUUGACUGCUGUUGUUGUAUUUUUGGUUCUUAAUAUUUUCUUUUUUUCCAUCUAACAUACAUUACUUUGCAGGGAAACAAAAAUCAAGCUAAACAAGAAAACCUGUUAGGGUUAUAGUUCAUGUUUAUACCAAGACCUUCUCUCAUUUUACUUGAUUGACCACGGCAAUUAGCUUCCAACCACUUCCCAUGAAGCAUCCCGUAAUUUUUUGGGGAGAGGUAGAAGAGAACAACGGAUUUUUUUUUUUUUAGUUGCAUUGUUGGAACACGGCUGCAUGUAGAAUAGCGGGGUUUUUUUAUAUCUAUAUACAGCUUAUCACAAAAAGCUACUAACUUUCACAUUAUGAUAUUGUUGUCCGCCACUAAUAACUGUUGUUAAAAACACUAUCUUCUGGUCCAUGAAACUGAUGUAACCCUAAACUUGACUGGUUAAUUGAUAAUAAAUAAUAAAAAAAGCUUCAUGUUGGCAUUCACUCAGAACUUUCUUUGCAGUACUGUAAGCGUUCGGAUGCAUUUUACCACACGGCCUAAAGGUUCAUGGGAAAAUUACAAUGCACUAGUUUAUUUGAGAGUCACUGUGUUUAAAUUUGGACUUUGCUUACAUCCCUGUAAAUAACUGCAAAAUGUAUUUUGUUAAAAGAUGGAAAGGUAUAGUUUCUCGAGUUCAAAGCUUAUGACUAACUGUUCUGAAGUGUAAGUGUGACCUUGAUUAAAGAUCAUAAA